CGGGCGCGGCGCUGACUCACGUGACGGGCGCCGCCGGCCGUGGGGUCUCCUUCCAGCCGAGGGCGCCGCGGCAGCCGGGCCUCUGGACACGGGCCGCGCCGCGGCCAACCGCCCAUCCCGCGCGACCCGCUUCCGCGCCCGCUUCGGCGGCCUCGCUCCUAUGGCGGCCCCUGGCGGCGCCCGGUGGCGGCCGCUGCUUCUGUUGCUCGCCCUCGUGCACGGAGCUCUGGCAGUGUUUGUGGUGAGAGACGGCAAUGGGACAGCCUGUGUGAUGGCCAACUUCUCUGCUGCCUUCUUGACCAGCUACGGCACCAGGAGUGGCCCUAAGAAUGUGACCUUCGACCUGCCACCUAAUGCAACAGUGUUAAAUAGCAGCUCUUGUGGUACAGAGAAUGCUUCUGACCCCAGCCUCAUGAUUGGUUUUGGAAGAGGACACAUACUGACCCUAAAUUUCACAAGAAAUGCAACACGUUACAGUGUCCAGCUGAUAAGUUUUGUUUAUAACUUGUCUGACACACAGCUUUUCCCCAAUGCCAGCUCCAACGAAACUAAGACUGUGGAAUCUGUAACUGACAUCAGUGCAGACAUAAACAAAAAGUACAGGUGUGUGAGCAACAGUCAGAUUCACAUGAACAACGUGACUGCCACGCUCCGUGAUGCCACCAUCCAGGCAUACCUUUCGAACAACAGCUUCAGCCGGGAAGAGACACGUUGUGAGCAGGAUGGACCUUCCCCGACAACAGCACCUGCCCCGGUGCCUCCCCGCCCUUCGCCGUCCCCAAAGCCUGAGAACCCCUCAGUGUUCAAGUACAACGUGAGCGGCGCCAACGGGACCUGUCUGCUGGCCAGCAUGGGGCUGCAGCUGAACGUGACCUACGAGAAGACAGACAACACGACGGUGACACACGUGUUCAACAUCAGCCCAAACAAGACCACCGUGGGUGGGAGCUGCACCGCCCAGCUGGUGACCGCGGAGCUCCAGAGCGAGGACGCCACGGUCCUGGUGUUCCAGUUCGGCAUGAAUGCAAGUUCCAACCAGUUUUUCCUGCAAGGAGUCCAGCUGAAUACCACUCUUCCCGAUGCCAGAGACCCUGCCUUCAGGGCCACCAACAACUCGCUGAGGGCCCUUCAGGCCACCGUCGGGAACUCGUACAGGUGCAACUCCGGGGAGCACGUGCAGGUCACACGGGCCUUUGCCAUCAACAUGUUCAAGGUGUGGGUGCAGGCUUUCCACGUGGAAGGCGGCACGUUUGGGUCUGUGGAGGAGUGUCAGCUGGAUGAGAACAGUCUGCUGGUCCCCAUUGCCGUGGGCGGCGCCCUGGCUGGGCUGGUCCUCGUCGUCCUCAUUGCCUACCUCAUCGGCAGGAAGAGGAGCCACGCCGGCUACCAGACCAUUUAGCGCAGCCAUGCCGAGCACCCAGCUGCCACUGCAGGGCCACUGUUGGCGCCUUGAGUGUGGGUUUGUGUUGAGUGGGGCACACUUUCCUGCAAACUGGUUUUCAGAUCUGCUUUAUCCAAUGUGAAGUUCAUCCUGCAACAUUUACUAUGCACAAAAUGGUAAUUGGAAAUGAUGGUGUUAAUUUUGCUAACUGGGUUAUGUAUUUUGCUAACUGGUUAAUAAAUGUUAAUAUUUACCAAAGUAGAACUUUAAGUGGGGAGGGUCGGAGCACUUUUCUGGAUCGGCGCUGGCUCCACUCAUUUGGCUUCUUAAGAUUCUGGUGUUUGGUUUAUUCAUGAUUGGCUCAGAUUCAAGCCUUACCAAGGGGGUCUCUGCUCUUGACACGGGCUGGGGAAGGCCAGCGAGCUGCUAGCCUGUCGCGCUGAAGCUGGCAGAAAGAGGUGGCAGCCCAAGUGCUCCAGAGGAUGAGUCUGGACGGGCUGGUGAGCGUGUGUCGUGGCUCCCAGGCGCCCAGUCCUGUGGUCUUGCCCUGCUCUGUAGCUCACUCUAGAGCUGGCACUUUUUAAAAUAGAAAGUGGGUGUUAUUUUUAUUUACUGUUUUGUAAAGUAAUUCCGUCUUCUGUCUGAGGUUCGGGUGACUGUUUCUGCACUUGCGCAGUGAUCAGUCUCUGACUUGUCGCUUGCAGCUCAGGUGGGGGUCCCUCCAUGGAACUUGUUUCUAUAACAAUGCUAAUAAAACGUCUGUCUGUCUGUCUAGA